CCACCAAAAUAAUAUCUUUCAAAAACUUUCAUUCUCUGUUUUUCUGACCACUUACAAUAAUGAUUCAGCUUGAAUUUAGAGCAUCAUUUUCAGUUUAAGUGAUUGUUAAAAGUAAAAAAGAUGUUCUAAACUCAAGGAUCGCCCUCACCAGAAUAUUUCUAUCUCCCAUUGUAUCAUAGUAUUCAAUAGGCAGUGCUUCAUCUCCUCAGACUAAGAAAGAAAGUGAGGAAAUCACUGGCGAAUGGAAUAAGUAAUCUUACAUAAUUCAUUCCCCCAUCAGUCUAAGAUGUGAUUGUGCCCAUAGCCGUUUUUAGUUUAUCUUCAGCUGAAUGUUAGGGAAAAACAUUGUCCCAGAAAUAAAACAAGAAAUCUUGUAGAUUUCUUUGAAGGUCCCAUGAAACAUCCGAAACUAAAACCGACAGCUCUACACGAAGUAUAUUGGCGGGAUAUCCAACUAACUUAAGUCUGUGUUCAUUUCUCCUUUCUAAUAUCUCUUCUACGUUUGUCAUUCUCCAACAUAUUCUCAGUUGAAAAUGUCUGCUCAAGCUGAGAGUGUUGGUGAAAUAUCAGAAGAUACCAUUGAAGAAGCAUUUGGCCCUCUUCCAUUGUCAAAAUUGGAGGGCCAAGGUAUCAGUGCCAAUGACUGUAAGAAACUAGAAGAAGUUGGCUUUUAUACAGUUGAGUCAGUAGCAUUUGCUCCUAAGAAAAGUCUUCUGAGCAUCAAAGGAAUUAGUGAAGCAAAAGCAGACAAAAUAUUGACUGAAGCUACUAAACUUGUCCCGAUGGGUUUCACAACAGCCACAGAGUUUCACCAGAAGCGCUCAGAAAUUAUCCAAGUAACCACUGGUUCCAAAGAACUGGAUAAAUUAUUGCAAGGUGGUAUUGAAACUGGAUCCAUCACAGAAAUAUUUGGUGAGUUCCGUACAGGGAAAACCCAGCUGUGUCACACAUUAGCUGUGACAUGUCAACUACCUGUGGACAUGGGUGGUGGUGAAGGAAAAGCUCUCUAUGUUGAUACAGAAGGAACAUUCCGUCCUGAACGACUCCUGGCUGUAGCAGACAGAUAUGGACUAUCUGGUAGUGAUGUUUUAGACAAUGUUGCUUAUGCUCGGGCAUAUAACAGUGACCACCAGACUCAGUUGUUGGUUCAAGCUGCAGCCAUGAUGACAGAAUCAAGGUAUGCUUUGUUGAUAGUUGACAGUGCUACAGCACUUUACCGUACUGAUUACAGUGGCCGAGGAGAAUUAUCCGCAAGACAGAUGCAUCUUGCUAGAUUCCUCCGUACUUUACUACGUCUUGCUGAUGAGUUUGGUGUUGCUGUUGUUAUUACCAAUCAAGUAGUCGCCCAAGUGGAUGGGGCUUCUAUGUUUACAUCAGAUCCCAAAAAGCCUAUUGGUGGCAAUAUUAUUGCCCAUGCUUCUACCACAAGGUUGUACCUCCGUAAGGGCCGUGGUGAAACCCGAAUAUGCAAGAUCUACGACUCCCCUUGUUUGCCGGAAGCUGAGGCUAUGUUUGCUAUCAAUGCUGAUGGAAUUGGUGAUGCCAAAGAUUGAGGUUGUCUUUUACAGUCUUCAUCUUCUGUAAAUUUUGUAUAUAUAUUAUUUGUAAAACUAGGAUCUGUUUAGGGUAGACAGGAUUCUGGCUGAAAUAAACAAUAAUUAAACUACAGAGAUAAGGA